CUCACACCUUGACUGCGCAUUUCACUUUGAAGUCGCUUUCGAUAGAGAAACGCUUCGCAACAAUCGCGACAACCCACUGUCCUUCUUCGUGGCGCCGCCGUCAUGAACUCUUCCCUGGUGUCAACGUUCCUCCGCGACCGAAAGUCUCUACAGACAACUCUGACAAUAUGUGCGAUCACGCUACUCCUCUACACCGGGUUCGCCUUCAACACCAUUCCUUCAUGGCUAGAGGUCACUACGAGUUUCAGGACCAGUUCUCCGAUCCAACACAAUCUUGCUGAAGGUCUCAACACUCCUGUCAAUAACACACAAUGGGGUGAAAUGGGAAAACGCGUUCAACAAUUCUCACAAUGGGCGCAUGCUGUCGUUGACUAUCCCUCACCGGAAGAGCGCCAAUCUCUUUCAGACGCACUGGUAUCACAGUUCCCGUUCCUUGAAGGUACAAACGAGACCAUAUAUACCCCUUGGUCGCCACCUACCACAAUAUUCACAUCACAAGUUGGUUACGUGAUAUGCACCGGGUCCAACAACUUCCACCUCGCAGCUCACCUCAUCAGGAGUCUGCAGCGGGUCCAUCGAUCCCCAACACCUAUCGAAAUCGCCUACGCCGGUGAUCAAGAUCUGCGACCGGAGCACCGCGCAUUUUUGCGGGACCUUAAACCCGGAGUCACCUUCAUCGACCUUCUCGAGCGCUUCCCCUCCGCUCGCGACGACCUGAUCGACAGUGGCUGGGCCAUGAAACCCUUUGCCCUACUGGCGUCCUCGCACAAGCGAGCUAUUCUUGUCGACGCAGAUGCUCUCUUCCUCACUAGCCCCGAUCUGAUCUUCGAAUUGAACAGUGGCCUUGCACGCACAGGCACGCUCUUCUUCCACGACAGGGCCGCAGUUGGCGGGACCGACGAUCGGCGUUUCUGGGUCAAAGAUCAAAUUAAAGCGGCCGGCCUCCGACCCUCGCGCCAUCUGACUGCCGAAUCGCUCUUCUACGCAGGCGCGACAUGGUACGAGAUGGACAGCGGCGUCGUAGCCCUUGAUAAGACUAAAAUACCUGUCCUCCUCGGCCUGAUGUUCGCAACCUGGAUGAAUACCAAAGCAGUACGCGAAGAAGUGACGUACAAGAUCUUCUACGGCGACAAGGAGACGUUCUGGCUGGCCAUGGAACUUAGUGGGGUCGAGUACUUCUUCCAACCGUGGUACGCCGGCACAAUGGGCACCAUCACCGACGACAAGAGUCUGGGCAAAGGCAAAGGCAAGGUCGAGAUCUGUGGGACGCACAUGCUCCAUCUGGACCAGCUUGGCCAGAUGCCGUUCUGGAUCAACGGCGGCGUGUAUGAGCACAAAGACGAUCCUAAGCGGGCCUAUGCGCAAAUGACACAUUACUGGGUGGGCGAGACCUCGGACAUCCGGUACUCGCAGCCCGAUUGGUACUGGAUCAAUGGGAACACGGCGUGUCUGAAGGAGGGAGGCGUCAGGAAGAUUCCGGGCAGGAUUAGAUCGAGUAUUGAAAAGAUACAGACCGAGGCGAGACGGGUGGAUGAGAUGAUUCAAGAGCAGAACCUUUGAUCAGAAAAGAGAAAGAGACUGUGCAAUCCCGGUUGGCACUCAGUUGGGGCAUGUGUAGGUAGCCUCAUGAACGUAUGCGCGGUAGAAGCAGACAAGCCAGCAAGGCUUGCGAGUGAAGUACCUUAGGUACCUCUAGACGAUCAAUGGAUGAGGAUGAA